AUGGGGAUUGUUUCACAGGAUGCCCUUAACCAACUCCAGGCUCUUGUAGAUCAAGUUGAGGAGCCACUUCAGAAAACGUUUCAGAAUGUUCAUCAAGGAUAUGUAAUCGAAACGUUGAUUCGGUUUCUAAAAGCCAGGGAAUGGAAUGCUUCAAAGGCUCAUAAAAUGUUGGUUGAGAGUUUGAACUGGAGAGUGCAAAAUGAGAUUGACAAAAUAUUAUCGAAACCAAUAAUCCCUCCAGAUUUGUAUAGAGGUGUGCGCGAUUCUCAGCUCAUAGGAUUGUCGGGGUACUCACGUGAGGGUCUUCCUGUCUUUGCAAUCGGUGUUGGACUUAGCACAUUCGACAAAGCAUCUGUCCAUUAUUAUGUUCAGUCUCACAUUCAAAUUAAUGAAUAUCGUGAUCGUGUAGUCUUGCCUUCCGCGUCGAAGAAGCACGAGCGCCCUAUCACUACAUGCGUAAAGGUUUUGGAUAUGACCGGUCUGAAGCUAUCAGCUCUGAAUCAGAUUAAGCUAUUAACAAUAAUUUCAUCGAUUGAUGAUCUGAACUACCCCGAGAAGACAAAUACUUAUUACAUUGUAAACGCACCGUACAUAUUUUCAGGUUGUUGGAAGGUUGUGAAGCCGCUUUUACAAGAGAGGACUAGAAAAAAAGUGCAAGUCUUACAAGGUUGUGGGCGAGAUGAGCUGUUGAAGAUCAUGGACUACGCAUCUCUACCGCAUUUCUGUAGAAAAGAAGGCUCGGGAUCAUCAAAACAUUCAGGAAGUGGGAGUGAAAAUUGUUAUUCCUUGGAUCACCCUUUCCAUCAAGAACUCUACAACUACAUCAAGGAACAAUCGAGAACCGAAGCUAGGGGACCAAUGAAGCAGGGAUCGUUUCAUGUAGAAUUUCCAGAACCUGCUGCCGAGGAAGAAGCGGAUAUUGCGAAGACCAUAGAGUCAGAGAUACACAAGUUUGAGAACAAUCUUGAGAUUGUUGAUUGA